AUGUUGUCAUGGUUCAAGAAGAGAGUCCAGGAAGGAGUCUGUGAAGUUCCUCCAACCAUGGAGGUUACACAAUCAUCUGCUAGCCUGGAGGACCCUAGACAGUCUCCACUAGAAGUACCUGACCAAUCUAUACAUGGGGAACAACCACUAGGAAAUCCAAGAACAAACAUUGAAAUGAUUCUACUGCGCUUAGAAGCUGGGCAAGAGUCUCUGCUUUCUGAGGUGGCCCAGUUAAGGACCUCAAUAAACCAAACGAAUGAGCAGCUUAAAGUAGUUGAAUCCCGAUUCUCCUCUUUGGAACACAGAAUAUGUGCAAGCCAGCAAACUAACUCAGUCGUGUUGGUAUCAGCAUCUGACCCCCGGGCAGUGCCUGCAUCAUCGUCAUCUUCCUUCAGCUCUCAACAAAUGAUCUUGGAUGCUGCUCAGACUGCUCCUUCACCAACUUCUCCUUCUCUGUACAGUGGGGACACAUCAAGCGGACCUCCUCCAUCUUCAUCAGAACAGUUCAGAAAUACAUCCAGCACCCUGAGGUACAGUGAAAUUGUGGAGAAGGCCCACCAAAUGCGUACUGAUGCAUGGUCCCAGGAGAUGAACUUUGCAAGUGAGACAGCUCAUCUAGAGGCUGAGGAAUCUGAUAACCAGGAGGACACCUCCUCCAGAACAUCACCUCUGAUUACUCCAGAGUGUGAGACAGAGCCACAGACUUUGAUAAGCACAGAAGAGACAGCUCUACCAGCGAUUACUGCUGUACAGUCCCUGGAGAGAAUCUCUGAGAGUGAGACAGCUCUUGCAAGGGCUGAGGAAUCUGAUCAGCAGGAGGACACCUCCUCCAGAGCACUGCCUUCCAUUGCCCCAGAGUACAAGGCAAAUCCACAGCCUUUGACAAGGACAGAAGAGGCAGCUCCACCGGUGAUUGCUGCUAUAGGGUCCCAAGAGAUGAUUCCUGAGAGCGAAGCAGCUCCUACAGAGCCUGAGGAAUCUGAUCAGCAGGCGAACAACUUCUCUGGAGGAUCAGCUCAACCAUAUACGCCAGAGCCACGGCCUUUGACGAGCAGCCUUCCGGAGACCCCACAGGCCCCAGUUCUAGCUGCAAUGCAAAAGAAAGCACAAGGGAGAGGUGCACUGUUGUCCAGAAGACGUUCCACCAACAAGAGAUCCAGCAGCACUGCUUUGACUAGUACCGCUACCUCUGCUGGGACUCGCAGUUGUCUUCCCUUGUUAGCCCCUGCAGAUGGGGGGCCUCCCACCAAACGUCGUCGACAGACAUCCAUUGCCUGGCAGUAUUUCACAAAGCAGUCGAAGUACAUUGCUACUUGCAACAUUUGUGGAACAGAUGUGAAAACUGGGAGAAUUGGAGGCUGUGGGGUUGUGGGCACUGCAGCACUGCUCUCACACAUUAAGCGCAAGCAUGGGAUCACCCGAGAGAAGGUGGCACCAGCUGCAGUGCCUGAAGCUGGAUCUAACAUCCAGGAUGUGGAAAGACCAUCCACCACCGAGAGUCCCAGCAGAACCGCAUCGACUGCUUCAACUUCUACCACCCCCUCUCCAGGGACGCUCAGUUGCCUUCCCUCAUCAUCCCCCACAGAAGUGAGGCCUCCCACCAAAUGUCAACGGACAUCCAUUGCCUGGCAGUAUUUCACAAAGCAGUCGAAGUACAUUGCUACUUGCAACAUUUGUGGAACAGAUGUGAAAACUGGGAGAAUUGGAGGCUGUGGAGUUGUGGGCACUGCAGCACUGCUCUCACACCUUAAGCGCAAGCAUGGGAUCACCCGAAAGAAGGUGGCACCAGCUGCAGUGCCUGAAGCUGGAUCUAACAUCCAGGAUGUGGAAAGACCAACCACCACCGAGAGUCCCAGCAGAACCGCAUCGACUGCUUCAACUUCUACCACCCCCUCUCCAGGGGCGCUCAAUUGCCUUCCCUCAUCAUCCCCCACAGAAGUGAGGCCUCCCACCAAAUGUCAACGGACAUCCAUUGCCUGGCAGUAUUUCACAAAGCAGUCGAAGUACAUUGCUACUUGCAACAUUUGUGGAACAGAUGUGAAAACUGGGAGAAUUGGAGGCUGUGGAGUUGUGGGCACUGCAGCACUGCUCUCACACCUUAAGCGCAAGCAUGGGAUCACCCGAAAGAAGGUGGCACCAGCUGCAGUGCCUGAAGCUGGAUCUAACAUCCAGGAUGUGGAAAGACCAACCACCACCGAGAGUCCCAGCAGAACCGCAUCGACUGCUUCAACUUCUACCACCCCCUCUCCAGGGACGCUCAAUUGCCUUCCCUCAUCAUCCCCCCAAAAGGGGGGAAAGAGCAAUUUACAAGUAAAUAGAGGCACUGGAGGAACUUCCCUGGCACUCAGCAAUGGAGCAUAG